AUGAAGACAAAUAAUAAUAAAAUGGGUGUUAAAUCCAGUGGUAAAACAACGGAGUCUACUUUGAGUAAAGCGGUUAAAAAUGUUAAAGAAAUUUUAAUUAAGAACACUGAAGCAAAAGAAAAGAAGCAAAAAAAGCUAUCAAAAUCCUCAAAAGAAGAAAAUAUAAUAAAAUUAAAGAGCGAAGACUCACCAGCAGCUGCAGCCAUCUCCAAAAAAUCCAGUAAAAUCCUCAAGAAAUUAACAAAAUCCAAGUCAGCUGACCCCGAAAUAGAAAAAGAACGCGGUGUUGUUUACAUCGGCCACCUUCCUCACGGGUUCUACGAGGAACAAAUGAGGGUAUUUUUCUCAAAAUUCGGCGAGGUGACAAACGUCCGCGUGUCGCGUUCUAAAGUGUCCGGAAAGUCGCGAGGUUAUGGAUUCAUCGAGUUUGCGCAUGCGCAAGUCGCCAAAAUAGCCGCCGAGAGUAUGAACAACUACCUGAUGUUCGGGAGACUGGUUAAAACCGAGUACAUUCCGCCGGAGAAGCAGCACGAUUGGUAUUUCAGAGGUCUGUCUUACACCCGUAGAAGCUUCCCCAAGUUGUGGAACAGGAGGCUCCAUGUUCAGAGGAUCAACGGCAAAAUCCUUGGUAAGGAUCCUGUCAAGGACAUCAUCGUCAGUAAGAUUGACAAGAGUUCGGGUGAAGAAAAGGAGACCAGGGACUUGGAAGUUAGGAAGAAACUCUGGAGCUUGAAUCUUCUCGCCAGCAGGCUCAAGAAAAAGGGAGUCAAGAUUGACAUGAAGUUGGGGGAUGUUUCUAUCUAG